ACCUCCCGCCUUGUUACUCUCCCUGCUUCAUGUCACCCGACGGCAACGGUGCAAUGGAUGACCCCCACUUCAUGUCACCCUUUUCCGCCGACGACCACCGCAACCAGAAUCCAGCGUCGUCCGAGUUCAUGUCCAGCGAUGCCCUAGAGAAGUGGUUGUUGGGCAACGACCAAGACAACGUGCUAGACAACCAUGAGGACGAAGACCCCCACCAGGACAUGAGCUCCACCAGCCUGCCGUCGCCGGCGGCACCACUCGCGGGGAGGAAGCGGGGACGGAAGCCUGGCUCUGGCUCUCGCGCCGCCGGCACCACAAUCGUCGUCACCCACGUGGAAGCCGAGCGGCUGCGGCGUGACAGGCUCAACCGCCUGUUCUGCGACCUCCGGGCCGCCGUGCCCACGGUGACUGGGAUGGACAGGGCGUCCCUUCUCGCCGACGCCGUCGGCUACAUCACCAAGCUGCACGGCCGCGUCGAGCAGCUCCAGGCCGACGCAGAGGCCAAUAAGCGGACGACGGCGGCCUCUCUCUCCCAGCUCCCCUGCUUGCUUUUUGGUGGCUCCGGUCAGGAGCUGGAGGUGCGGGCGGUGCACGGUCGGGACGCGGCGGCGCUGCGCCUGACGACGACUGUCGCGACGCGCCACGCCCCCGCGCGCCUCAUGGCCGCGCUCCGCGCGCUGGACCUGCCGGUGCAGCACGCGUCCGUGUGCCGCGUGGGCGGCAUCACCGUGCAGGACGUCGUCGUGGACAUGGCCGCGGCCGGGCUGUGGGGAGACGACUGCCUCCGCACCGUGCUACUGCACAAACUACUGCAGGAGAGCGGGUAGAUGGCACUUAUUACAAAGCAUGCACUAGUUACUCGGCCCCAUUACA